AUGACAAGUCCAGAGAUCCGACCAUUUCGCAUUGAUGUCCCUGCGGAAGAAGUCGAACGCCUCAAACGAAAGCUGAGAGAUACACGUCUUCCAGGACGUCCGAUCGUGCCCAAUGCGGGGAGCAGCUAUGGGCCAACAUACCAAUGGGCAGAGAACCUAUACAAGGCCUGGGUUAACGACUAUGACUGGUACUCCGUCCAAGCAGAGAUGAAUCAAGUCCCACACUAUAUCACCGCGAUUGUAGAGAUAAACAUUCACUUUGUUCACGUCCGUGCCAAAUCCCCCAACGCCAUUCCUUUACUAAUGGUCCACGGAUGGCCAGGUUCUUUCUGGGAGUUUAGUCAGAUCUGGAGCCGUUUGUCCUGUCCACCCAACGACAAAGAAAUCUCAUUCCAUGUUGUAGUCCCCAGUAUGCCUGGAUUCUCUGGGUGGACUCUCCGUGAUACUGCCCGGAUCUUCGACAAAUUGAUGAAGAGACUCGGCUAUAAUCAGUAUAUGGUCCAAUGUGGCGACUGGGGCCAUUUUGUUGGACGGGAAUUGGCAUCCCAAUACACCAAUUCCUGUCGGUUAAUUCAUUGCAACUUUUCAUCAAGCUCUCUUCCACAGGGAGUAGAGUAUACGGAGAGAGAGAAAGAAGUGGCACACCGUGCCGAUGACUGGCUAGAGAACCAUAUGGGAUAUGCCGUUUGCAUGCGGACACGUCCCCACACAAUUGGAAUAGCACUUCAUGACAAUCCAAUGGGCAUUCUUAUGUGGGCUGGAGAGAAGUACAAUGAGGCUGCCGAUCCGAAAGCACAGGAACAGCCGUUUUGGACGAAAGCCAUCCUCACUACGGCAUCUUUAUACUAUUUCACCAAUUGCAUCAUGCCUUCGAUACUCUGCUACUAUGAGAACGCCUACCAUGAGAACGCCUACCAUGAGAACUUCGCCGAGUUUGGCUUGAGGCCCGAGAACCGUAUCAAAGUAUCGUUUGGGUAUACUUCGUUCUAUUGGGACACUGAACCUUCUUCACGGAGAGCUGUGGAACGGACCGGCAAUCUUGUGUUCUAUAGAGAUAUGUGA